GCGGCGCAGGUCCAGCGAUUAUUAUGCGAUGAGCGAUUGAUUCCGGCUUCAGAUGCCAUAUUGUGUUGCCCAAGUGAAUCGAUCCAGACCACUGAUUUAUCAUUCUUACUGUUACUGUGUUGCUUGGAAUCAUUUGACCCGAGGCAGACCAAUUGUCGAGUCUGCAAUCUUGUAAUCCCUAUUUCUUUUCUCUCACGGUCUGAUAUUGAUUUUGAGAAAUUGCGUCAUGGGAGGCUUGAAAGAAGACAUGGCUUUUGACCCUCCUUGCCAUCCACGAGCAUGUGCUAUCCAAGCCUGCUUGACAAGAAACUCCUACCAGGAAGACAAAUGCCAAUCGCAGAUCGACGCCUUAUACGAAUGCUGUAAUGCCUUCUACCAGGAACGAGGGGACGACGGAAAAACCCCUAGCUGCCCCAAAGCCAAUCUGCUUCGAUUGAAGAUGAGGCAACGAGCUCAAGGGAAGUGAUUUCGCGUCGAUACUGGGACGCAUUGUACAUAGAGAGAUAGAUUUGCCGUCUGUACGCAGUGUAGCUGGGAUUUCCUACACUCAAAUUGAGGUUGAUAGGGGUGUAGCAAUUCCUUUGCAGUCUGAGCCCUCAUUUAUAGAAGGACUAGGCUAGUUGAGGAAGUGCCAGAUUGUUCUAAGACAAUCGUGAGCACGCUGAGAGGCCUUAUAGACCUGAACAAAGAUUGAUUAUCCUUCGCUCCGAGACUCUAAUGACUGCCUAAAUGACAUUUGUUGAAGAAAAAAGAAAAAGAAGAAGAAGAAAUCGACGAG